UUACGCACGCGAUCAUCUCGAAGUUCUCCACUGUUUUCUUCUUCUGUCAGUCUGUGGUUUUUGGAGUUACUGGAUUCGUCUUCGCGUGCAGCACUUCUUCAGCUGGAAAAACUUGUGUGCACGAAUUUGAUUGAAAGCACGGAAUUUGCAAAGGCUAAUAUAAAGUCUAUGCCAUGAAUCUUGAGAAUAUCUCCCGCACGGCUACAUCUGAAGUGACUCUGAUUUUGUGUGCUUUUGCACUGCUCCUGCUGGCUCUUCAUGGUCGACGAAGAGCACCAGGCAUCCCCGUUCCCCCAGGUCCCAGACCGUGGCCCAUCGUGGGCAACAUUCUCCAGAUGGAAGAACAGGUACAUUUGUCAUUAACAAACCUGAGGGUUCGGUAUGGAGACGUCUUCCAGGUGAAAAUGGGUUCUCUUGUGGUCGUCGUCUUGAGUGGCUAUUCUACAAUCAAGGAGGCUCUAGUACGACAAGGAGAUGCAUUUGCUGGACGCCCUGACCUCUUUACCUUCUCUGCAGUUGCUAAUGGCACCAGUAUGACAUUUAGCGAGAAGUAUGGGGAAGCUUGGGUACUUCACAAAAAGAUCUGCAAAAAUGCCCUGAGAACCUUCUCCCAAACCGAGCCUAAAGACUCAAAUGCCUCUUGUCUUCUAGAGGAGCGUAUUUGUGUGGAGGCCAUGGACAUGGUGGAGACUCUGAAGGCACAAGGAGAGGAGUUUGGGGACUCAGGGAUUGAUCCAGUUCAAUUGCUAGUGACCUCAGUUGCCAAUGUGGUUUGCACUCUUUGCUUUGGGAAGCGGUAUUCCCAUAAUGAUAAAGAGUUCCUUACCAUCGUCCAUAUCAAUAAUGAAGUGCUGCGCCUCUUUGCUGCAGGGAAUCUGGCAGACUUUUUCCCCAUCUUCCGUUACCUGCCCAGUCCGUCUCUGCGAAAGAUGGUUCAGUUCAUUAACAGAAUGAACAACUUCAUGGAGCGCAACAUCAUGGAACAUCUCGUCAACUUCGACACGAACUGUAUCCGAGAUAUCACUGAUGCCCUUAUUGCGAUGUGUGAGGACAGACAGGAGGACGAGGAAUCAGCCAUGCUCAGCAAUUCCCAGAUUGUCCACAGUGUCAUUGACAUCUUCGGAGCUGGUUUUGACACCAUCAUCACUGGUUUGCAGUGGAGUCUAUUAUACCUGAUCAAGUUUCCAAACAUCCAGGCUAAAAUCGUCCAGGAGAUAGAUAACCAAGUUGGAAUGGAUAGAUUACCACAGUUUAAAGACAGGCCAAACAUGCCUUACACAGAAGCUUUCAUAAAUGAGGUGUUUCGCCAUGCGUCCUACAUGCCUUUCACCAUACCUCACUGCACAACUGAAAACGUUACAUUGAAAGGAUACUUCAUCCCCAAAGACACAUGUGUGUUUAUCAACCAAUAUCAAGUCAAUCAUGACAUUGAGAUAUGGGAUGAUGCAGAGUCCUUUCAACCUGAACGGUUCCUCACCCUCUCUGGCCACUUAAAUAAAAGCUUGACUGAGAAGGUCAUGAUAUUUGGCAUGGGAAUACGCCGUUGUCUCGGAGACAACAUUGCCCGUCUGGAGAUGUUUGUGUUUUUAACCACCCUGCUGCACCGUCUGCACAUAGAGAACGUUCCGGGGCAGGAGCUCGACUUGAGCUCUACAUUCGGCCUCACCAUGAAGCCCAGACCAUACAGAAUAAAAAUCAUACCUCGUAACUAAACUAUUAUGCUCUCAGUGUUCCAGAUGGAUCUACAGAAUAAUUGCUAAAGUCACAGCACCAAGCUAUUGUUGGCAUCACUGGACUGCUAAGCUAAGCUAAUCCCUUUUCUCUUCUCUACCUCUGGUUUACCUGUGUUAUGGUUAAUUUGGCACACCAUGUACUUGAAUGUUUGCUAGUUGAUGAGCCACUAAAUGAAUUAGCCACUAAACUGUCAAAACGUAAAAUACUUACGUUUUCUCGUGAGAUCAGGCUGGUAUUUGUGAUAAUGCAUGAAGACUUAAGCAUAAAGGAUUUGGUUACUUUAUACUUUUAGCACAAAUUUUGAAUUGUAAAAAAAAAUGCAUUUUUAAAACUGAAUUUCAGUGGCACUGAAGGUUAGGGUGUUUUCUAUAUGUUGAAAGGCUGUUUUUAUGUUAGAUUAAAUUGAACCAGAAAGAACGGCAUUGCUGAAUUUGCAUUAAUCAACAAAUAUCUUUAACUUUUCAAAUGUACGUCAGUUUAAUAUAUUGACUGUCUAAUAUAUACGACUGAUUAAUUAUGGAUUAAUCAUAUUAAUAAGCUAUGUUAACCAUGUUUUGUAACUUGACAGAAUGGAAUAGAAUA